AUGAAUGGAGCUGUAGAAGCCGCCAACAAGAACAUCAAGAAGAUUUUGAGGAAAAUGAUUGACAAUUAUCGAGCAAUUAUACCCGCCGAAGUUGAGAUACCUUCAUUGAGAAUCAUCCAAGAAGCUGAAUUAAGUGAUGUUGAUUUGGUUCGCAAGCGGAUUGAUCAGUUAACAUUGAUUGAUGAGAAGAGAAAGGUUGCGGUUUGUCAUGGUCAAUUGUAUCGACAGAGGAUGAUACGUACUUUACACAAGAAAGUAAGAGCCAGGAUAUUAGAAAUUGGUCAGUUGGUUCGCAAAGUGUUAUCUGGAGGUGCCUUGGUCCUGUCGGAGAUGGACGACACCAAAUGGCCAAAACCGAUCAACUCAGAUGUUGUCAAAAGAUACUAUGUGUGA